CUGCAAAGAAGCCAGUUCAUCAUCAAGAAAUAUUUAAAGAAAUCAUUCAGCUGAAAUCUCAAUUUGACUUAUUCGAACUUACUCAUGUUUAUGCACGCGAGACUGAUUUUGGUAACUUCACCGCUGAUAGACUCGCUCGUAAAGCUGUAUACACCACCGAAUUUUUCCAGAUGAAAAAACUUGUGAAAAUAUUCAACAGCAGGCUAAUUUGCGAUAUAAUAUGCGCAAGCGCGAAAAUAUCAAUUACAACGAAGGUACUGACGCACCUGAAGACGGGCCGCGGACAGGUAGAAGGCGUUUUAAACACGUUAAUUCUUUGAUUUUGAACCUGCUCAACCAUGAGCAGCGAAUGAAAUUCGUCGAAUUGUUAUCCGAGCUUCCUGAUUGGUCGCAAAUGCCACGCGACCCCCUCAGCCCUACCUGUUGAUUAUUUAUUUUCUACCUACUUCGUAAGCUUCAUUUCAAAAAGCUGUUCAUUAUAUUUAUCAACCAGCUUCAGCUAACAUCUCGUGCUCACAAAUGUCCCAAUAUAAAUAAAUAUUGAUUCAACCACUAUUUAUUCUAUUCAUUCUAUUGAUUCGUACGAAAUUACUCAUUGCUGUAGAACUGUGUAAAUAUCAUUUCAUCUAAGAAGAAAAAUUUUAAUUUAUUCUAUUAUUUCUAUUUUUUCUAUUAUUUCUAUUUCUGGAAAAAUGUACCCAUUGGACAACUGUUAUCCGCUUCGCUACGUAAAUAAAGCCGAAAAUAUCAUCAGAAUUCGUCGCUUUGAUGGCAGCUACCAAGAUGUUUUUCUCCCAAUUACAUGGGAUAAUUUAGAAGACAAAUUGGUCAACGAUAAUUGCGAUUAUGGUCCAAUCAUGCCGCCAGAUUAUCAAGACCAUUACACUUACGCUCAGCAGCAUUUCUACAUAAGCCGCUACAUUUCAUUAAGCAGGUACGACGGUAUGCACAUUAUGCAUUGUUUCAUUAACGGCUGGUGGCUGAUUGGCGACGGCAUCGCGCAUGCAAUUGCAAGAUAUGCUGUUAAAGAAGAAAAAAGAGUUAUAAAGAUGUGGGAUAAUUCAAAGGUGUCCGGUACGAAUAUUUCAGCGAAGCGUUUGAUGCAUAAUAUCAAGCAUCAUAAAAUCCUAGUUCCAAAAAGAAUCAUCCUAUCUAUCGGCUGCCAUGAUAUACUGAAAGAAACGUUCAAUAAAUGUUGCUAUAACACAAAGGAGCUGAUUGCUUUUCUAUUGGAUCAAGGCGUCGAAGACAUUUUAAUUUUACCAAAUAUUAAUUCAAAUAUGCUGCCAGAUCAUUCGCUCCGGGGAAAAUUUCGAAAAUGGCUUCGUACCGAUUUAAUCGAAAUGGACCCACAAAUUUUGAAAUAUGCGACUAGCCUAGAAGAAAUUUCAGAUAGAGCUGAUCCUUUCUACAAAGAUGGAGCUGGAAACUAUUACUCAAACCCGCUAAUAUACGCUGAACUUGCGUACCGCAUCGUGAAAUUCACUCAAUCUUUAGAAGAAGCUAACCAACUAUGAAUUCGACCGAUAUUUGCGUAAUUUCGGUUGAUUGAUAUUUGUUCAAUUUAUUCAUGAUGUACAUAACGUGUAUUUUUUCCAGGCGAAGAAAUGUUAUUUUAUUUCAUCUUCUUAUUCGUGUAUUAUUUCUAUUUUAAUCUAUCAAAUAAAAUCAACAAAAAUACGACCUUGUAAAUAGUUUUUCUAUUUUUAUCCACGAACUGAGCUACGCCUAACCAUCAUCGACAAGCAGAUCUUUGCUUAGUAUAUGAAAAUAGACAGUCGCAGACCGAUAUUAUACGUACAGAGGGAAGGGGGUUGCGAUAAGAAAUCAGGCUUCGAGUACAAAUGAUCCUUAUCUUGAUUCCUCGAAAUAGCAACGACAGCCAAAGCCUACGCAUCGAACCUACCAUUUCAUCAUUCGACUUUUGCUUCUCUUUGUGUUUAGUGCGUACAUCUCUAACGUGGUGAAAUUUUUUCUAUUCUUUCAAAGUUUAAUUUCGUUCUUAUUAUUUCUAUAAUCGGUAAGAUUUACGCAAUGCUGUAUUUUCCUGGUUCGUUUACUCUAUUUUUUUUAUGUUUGUUCGAUUAUUUAAACUAGUUUGAAAAAUUCCAGCCAUUUGUUCGCCAUCUCGUCUGUUCAACGCGAAAAAUACGUCGCAAUACCUGGAGAAUAAUUUAUUCUAUUGAAUUGUAAGUACUAGUGUUAAUUUACUCACUUAUAAUUUGCAUGGUCUUAUACAAUUUACCGAUUUUGCUGUAAAACACACGUACCAUCGUACCUACCAUCAACCACGUGCUUUAGGCUACAAACACAGCCAUCAUAUCGAUAAUUAAUUUACUUUGAAAAUAAUUACAACAAUACCACGUGUUAUUAAUUCUAUUAAUUCUAUUAAAACUCGUUUCAAAUUUGGAAAAAAGGUGAACCAAAAUUCAUCAUCUAAUUCGAUUCUGUACGUGUGUUUUAAAUAGCUAGCCUAAGUACAUUGCUGUUUUAAUCGUCAGUUUAUUAAUUCAAUUAUUUUAUCCCAGAUUUUCGUUGAUUGGUAAACUGAAUUAUUUCAAGUGUUUCGUCGAAGGUUUCUGUUAUUUGAAGAACUGUAUUGUUUCAAGAUAUGAUCCAGCUUCGCUUUGCUACUGGUAUGCUAUAUUGAUUCUAUUUUUUCGAAGAUUCAAAACAACUAUUGAUUCUAUUUGUUCUAUUCUGUUACACCAGCUAUAUUGCGACGAUUCGUACGUUUAGUUUAAAGAAGAUAUUGAUUCGUUUGACGAUUAUUGAACCGUAAUUUGCAAAAAGGUAAAUUGACCAGCAACUUAUUCAUAUUGUUUCUAUUUUCGCUCGUGAAACUUGUACUUACGCAUUACUAUUUCUCCAGCUUAUUCGUUCUGCUGUGUCGCUAAUUAUUUGGCUGGAGUUUGUUCGUUUGUUCGCUACGAUUUGCGUAAGAAAGGUAUUGAUUAUUUUAACUUAUUCUAUUAAUUCUAUUAUUUCUAUUUCGACAUGAAUAUCCAUAAAUUUAUCACAUGGAAUGGCAAUCAAUACUCAUUCAAGAAGCCAGAAACUUCAUCUUUCUUAAGACAGCGCGAAUUUGAUCGAGCCAGAUUUAAAGAAGGGCUAUGGGAAAAUACUUUUGAUUCGCUGUGUAAUAUUUUCUAUAUGGAUGAUAUACGUGUAUACGAACCUAACUUUUCUCGAUUAGAUUUUCCAACGGAUUUUAUCCAAUCUAUAAGCAUCGAAGAUUCCAGCGAUAACUCAUCUGACACUGAUUCUUUUCUGUCCUCUAGGCCAAUGGAAAGGUAUCGUGUUCCGGUAUGCCAGUACUGCGGGGAGGAGUUCGUGGCAGGACAAGAAACUGUACGGAAUGAAACCUGUCCACAUACUUACCAUCGCGAGUGCGUUAAAAGCUUAACUGAGCAACGUACGCCCGCCGGCAAUUUCCGCUAUCUCCCCGCAAAAUGUCAACAUCGAAGUUGCGGUGCGGUUUUGAUUCGACAACACUAUCACAGUGUUAUUUUCCGCUAUGAGACGCCCGAAAAUAUUUGCACCAACUCUGGACACCGGCAUAGAAUCGCGAAUCUCAGCGACACGAUUGAUUUCCAGCGAGAGCGUAUAAAUGCGCUGAACGAUUCUUUACGUGACGCCGUAGCGCAAAAUGAAAUUAUGACUGGAAGAAUCGCAGAUCUCGAACGCGAAAUCUCCAGACUUAGGCGACCAGCGCAAGAUUACCAAGAUUUCGAAGACGAUCUCAACCGUCGAGAUAACGAUGACGACGACGAUAUCGCCAAUGCACAGCAGCAAAUGGUAAAUCACGAUAAUCGAGCUGCUGGAAAUGAAAAUCAGGACGAUCAAGCUCCAGAGAAUUACGCAAAUAACGAUAACGCAGCCAACGAUUGCCAAGACGUCGAUGAGCGCAACGACCUUAAUGAACCAAUUGAUCGAGCAUUUGCUGAAGGAUUUGUUCAAACGAACGGUAAUUCUAUUAAUUCUAAUACUAAUAUACGCAUCUCAAUUUCUGAAAUUAUUUUACCUGAGCGUGAUUUUGAUCAAUUAUUUCUAAUUAAUUCUAUUUAUUCUCCAGAAGAACGUGAGAUGCAACGCCGUAUGGACCAAGAGCGAGAUGCUCAAGAUGGUGUGAUUCCAGAGCCGGUUCCAGCUUCGGUCAAUGCUCCAGCUCCAUCCGCUCCUAAUCUCGACGAUGUAAACCUCGAGGAGCCUCACCCAUCGAAUUCUGGACCAGUUUUAGUAGCGCCAGAACUGGGAGAAGUAGGAAACGUUGCCGGACCGUCGCGAUUUCGCGAGCCUUUCCGGCCUAGUACACGUAAUGUUUUCUCUUCAUUUUACAACUCCAAUAACGUUUUGGUAAACCACGUUAUGCGGAAUGCAACCGAACAGCGCAAUGAUCAUCAACCUCGUGACCAACCGCUGCUAGAUGAUGAAGACGCCCCGUACGAAGACUUCAGAACGAGGCGCGAAAUACGCGUCUACGAUGGUGGCGUCCAGAGCGCUGUAUUUCCACAUCGACGUGGAAAUAUUAUGGCUAUUUUGAACCAGUCUGGCUAUACUUUCAACCCGCAGAUUCAGCGCGAGCUUCGUCACGAGUAUACUCUGCAUAGCCAGCAGAUGUAUUCUUCAGUUUAUACGAGCUGGUCACCGGACGACCGCCGUCCAACCACCCAUAUUUUCCUGAACGGAUGGUGGGUGAUUGGCGACGGUCUUGCCCACGGUGUUGCGAGAGAACCGCUGAGACGAGAUCCAACGUUAAAGAGUCGCUGGGACCGUAGCCGCUUCGCAGGAAGUUUUCUUUCUGCCAAACGUCUGCGACACAACAUCCAACAACAUGCCCGCAACAUCCCACGGUUCUGCGUAGUGGCCAUGGGAGGACACGACCUAACGCUUGAGUCCGAGCACACGGCCAGAAUAAACACGUCAGCGUUGAUUCAAUUUUUGUUAGACCAACGCGUGGAGCGAAUUCUUAUCCUCCCGAUAAUCAUCGCUGAUCGACGACCAGAUGCGGAGACUCGUCGAUCUUAUCGCGAAUGGCAGCGAGGAAUUUUGCCUCAAUUAGACAGAUCCCGCGUUACCUAUCUGCAAUUUUUGGAAGAAACAAUAGAUCGCGUCCAGCCUUACCAUGCCGACCUCGCCGGCAUCAUAUAUGCGCAUCCGUUCGUACAUUUCGAUAUCAUUUACCGUUUGGCUCAUAUGUUGCGUUAUUUCGAUUAAUUCUAUACCCGGUAUUUGCGUAAAUCUUUUGUUUUCUAUUUUUUCGUUGUUUGAAUUUGUGAAUUUUGUUAUUUUUUCUAUCCUUUCUAUUUCUAAGUUUGAAAUGAAGACAUGGUGGUUCGGCUGAGCAUUCGAUAUUACCUCCACGUUAAAGCCUGUUAUUUUCGAUACCCUCUUUACUCUUUUUACAUGUCUUCGUGUAUUAUUUCUAUUAAUUUGGAUUUUUAGUCGCAUUUUUCUUUCUAACAGGUAUUUACGAAAUUACCAGUUUAUAUUAGUUCUAUUAAUUCUAAGUUCGUUAUUUUUUGAGUUUUGAAUUACCUAUUCAAAUAUUAUUUCUACUUGUUCUAUGUUAUAUUGAUUCUAUUAUUAUUGCGAUUUGAAUAGCUGUGAGUUAUGUUCCUUUUGUUGUGCCGAAGAUAAAAAUAAAAAAAAAAAAGAUGGCAUGAAUAUUAUUGUUUCAUUUUUUCAAUUACAGCUUCAAUUAAUUCAAUUACUUACAAUGCAAAAUCAACAUAACUAGAAAUGCACAUCUCUAAGAGUAAUUCAUUAUAUCGUAUCAUUUCGAAAGAAAAGAUUCUACUUGAGUUCUUAACCUGUAAAUAAUUAUCAUUUAAUAUGUUCAAGAGAAUGGUGAUACUACGAUACGUCGUUUGAAUAAUAAU